AUGAUCAAUAAGAUGAAGGAAAAGAGAAGCAGGAUGUUGAAUGAGUAGAACCAAUAGAACCCGAAUAGCCAGAUGUGUACAAGAAGAGUACUAUACUCCAGAGUCAUUCUAAAUUUAAAGUUACAUAAUGAUAUUAAAGAGGGACUAAAGAGAUUUGUAAAACUAACAAUCUAAGUGGGUAAGCAUUUGUGGAAUUAAUAUGUGAAAAUAAGGUACAAAUGCAGUAAAGCAUUUUAGAAAAUAGAUAGAUUGCUUAAUUAAAUGUAGGACUAUGUGCAUUUGAGAAAAAUUAGUUUUGCAAAUAAUCAAUUACUUGAGGUGAAUAGUUUGUAGACCAUUAAUUACUUAAUGAAUUUGCAUUCGUCAUUCAAUUAAAUUACUAAUUUGGAUUGCAUCAAUGUUCAAAACACAUUUGAGUUCUUGGAAGAAUUAAAUUUGGACAAUAAUAAAAUUAAAACUUUGGAUAAAUCAAUAUACCCAAGAUUGAAGAUUGCAUAAGGUUUUAAUAGGUAUAAUACAAAACAAUAAAUUGGAGUCAUUUGUGGGUAAAAUUAAUAUAUUAUAUGUUUUAGAUUUUAGAAUUUAUUGAAGCUUAAGCAAAUAUGGGCUGCCUAAAAUGCCAUCAUUUCGAUUGGUCAUUUGAAUUAAUUACCUGAAAUGCAUAUAUUACAUUUGAGAGCAAACAAAAUUGUUGUCUUAACAGAUAUUCCGAAUUUGCCAAAAUUACAUCACCUUAAUCUUAGAUCAAAUUUGAUUGAGAAAUUGGAUGAAUUCAAUAACCUUAAAUCAUUGGAGACUCUUAAAUUGAUUAUUAUGCACGAAAACCAAAUAGCAUCUAAAAUUGGGGAUGGAAUAAGAAAGGAAAUCAUAAUGAUACUACAAUAAAUUGAAAGAAUUAAUAAAGAUCCUGUUCCCCCAGAAGAAAAUACAGAUGCUCUGGUAGAAUUGAAAGAGAGAAUUGCUGCUGUUAUUUAAAAGAAAAGAGGAGAAAGGAUACGCUGCAAGAUUAGCUUAAGAAGCUAGAUUAGCAAAAGAGGGAGCCAAAGCCACACAGAAUUGGCAGCUGAACAAGCUGCUGCUAAAUAAAAGGCAGCAGUUACAGCAGUUAAAGCAUCUGCAGAAGGAAGGACCAAUUAGCCUAAAGUGAAGUAAGAAGAUGAAGAGGAAGCUUGA